AUAAAAGAAGCGACCCAUACGGACGCCAUAUUGACCAAAACAAAAUGGCAGAACAAGAGAAUAGUUGACAAAGUCUGCAGGCUUUCGUUGACAGAUGUCUUCUCGUGACACGAUAAAUCCGCAACAACGACUAUUAGAUCUGCUCCGGUGAUCGCGGCCGUGGCCGCUCCUUCUGAAUUACUAUGAUCAAGUUUCUACUUAUGGUCAACAAACAGGGGCAGACUCGCCUAUCCAAGUAUUAUGAACAAGUGGAGCUUGGGAAGAGAGCAGCUCUGGAAGCUGAUGCAGUCAGAGGAUGCCUCGCGCGCAGGAAGGAAGAGUGUUCGUUUGUGGAGUACAAGGACUACAAACUGGUCUAUCGCCAAUACGCAGCACUUUUCAUUGUUGUUGGCAUCUCUGAAAAUGAGAAUGAACUCUCCAUCUAUGAACUCGUGCACAACUUUGUUGAGGUAUUAGACAAGUAUUUCAGUCGUGUGAGUGAGCUGGAUAUCAUGUUCAAUUUAGAUAAAGUACACAUAAUACUUGAUGAAAUGAUCCUGAAUGGACACAUUGUGGAAACAAAUAAGAACCGGAUACUGGCACCACUGCUGGCCCUGGACAAGAUGACUGAAAGCUGAUCUCAUUAAUAUCGUUACUAAUUAUAAAUAAAGGUUUCUUACUAGUCUGAACUUUCAUCUUCCAUUCUUCUACAAAAGGGUUUACCGUAAUUUGUGACCUGUAAUAAUCCCAAAUGCAUUGUCAAAGUUCCUCUUAAAUACGGAAACCACCAGAAAAUCCCCUGAACUAAACAACGAAACGUGAAUCACAUUCAGGAACAGAAGUGUGUGUGUGUGUUGGUUCGUCAUCAGCAGGAAAAAGCAAACCAGAGUGUUGAUACUUUGCAAACAUUUUAAUGAUUAUUUUUGGAGCAUACACAUUUGAAAAUAUUUGUUUACUUCAAACUGCAACUUGAGUUAAAUAAAUGUUUAUAAUAUACAAAGAAAAUACAAGGGAAAGCACAGCUUGCUUUUUGCUUUGUCUUUUUUCUUUUUUUUUUUUUUUUUUAAAUGUGCCUUGCACACAGAACCAGUGUUUCUGUAUCUAUAGCUUUAUUGUAAAAUUACACAAAUGCACUCAGGGACUUUGAUCCUUUAGCAGGGCAACGAACAGUUGAAAACAUACUCACACAGUAACGGAAGCAAAAAAAAAAAAAAAAAAAAAAAAAGGAAAAAAAAAAAAAACAUGUGCAUGAUUGUAUGCAGACAGAUUAAGUAAAACAAAUGAAAGAAAAAAAAAAA